GCACCACAAUCAAAUUAGAACGGAGUAAAGAUCUAAUCAGUAAGGACUUUUGCUUUCGUGUAGCUGAUCUCUUGAUGCCUCCAAAUAACACGCAUGCGAGCGUGAGGAAAUAUCCGUGCGCUUAUUUUAAUCAUGACAUUAAGUUUUUCGUCCUUCUCCAUCAAAGACAUCCUCACAGGACGUGAUGCCCGAGAGAAGCGCGUUACUAGGUUUACAGCAGAGCGCAACACCGGCACCGGGCACGCUACGAGAGUCCCCGAUCGGUCACGCCAAGACGCGGAUGACACCCGCAUCCACCCGGAGAGACUUCCUGCUGAUCACAGGCUCUCUGCUGGAAACCUCCGACCCGGUACCGACAUCGACGAGGCCGCAGGAAAGGAGACGGGGUUUAGAGGCGUUGUAGACCAGCAUCCACACGUGGAGCGGGAUGAACGGCCGAAAGAGGAGGCAGAAGAGGAGGGAUGUCCCCACAGCCGUGAGACCGUCAGCUGUUCGUCCGAUGAGCAGCGGUGCAGACCCGGAACGAAGAAGCGCUCCAGGGCGGCCUUCUCUCACGCACAGGUCUACGAGCUGGAGCGCCGGUUCAACGUGCAGCGGUACCUCUCAGGUCCUGAACGGGCCGAUCUGGCAGAAGCUCUGAAACUCACCGAGACCCAGGUGAAAAUCUGGUUUCAGAACCGGAGAUAUAAAACCAAACGGCGCCAGAUGGCGGCCGAGCUGGUUCCGUAUGGUUCUCCAAAGACAGUCGCAGUGCAGCUGGUGAGGGACAAUCUCAAGCAGUACCACCACCAGGCGAAUGGAGUACACAUCCCAAUGACGGUGCCACUGUACCACCAGUACCACACCUACCUGCACUACUACUGCCAGCCCUGGAGCAUGAGCAGCAUGUCCUGUGGAGGGAUGCUCACAUGACUUGGACACAGCGUCAAGGUGUUGGCAGCUUUUUGUACACUCAGCUGGUCAUGGUGACUGAGAUUGAAGAAGUUUGUUUUUGUUUUGAAUGUUUCUUUUAUAUUAUAGUUAUUUUGUGAAAAACGCAAAUGCCUCUUACAUGAGCUACGUUUAUAGAUAUUCUGUAAGUCUUUAAUCAAUAAAAUGAAAUAAUAAUACUACAAUAUUAGCGUCAUACGGUAGCCUGCAGGACGAUUAGCGUUCGCAUAUUAACACAUCUGCCAAUUGAUAAGAUUAUUAUUGUGAGAAGAAAAGUUUGAGAUUUACGACCAAUAUUUGAGUGUGGUUAUUAUUUUGGAACUAUUUAUGAAAAGAAAUCUUGAUCUUCCGCGGGAAUAGUUUAUUUCUUGUUAUCGUUAAUGUUUUUAAGACAUAAUGGCGAAGAGACAGUGCGGUGUCUGACAUAUCUGAUGACAGAGAAAGGUCUUUUUUAUUUUCUAACACCCUAAUAUCACAUUUGAGCAUUCCCAUGCAAGAUUGAUUAAUAUACAUAUUUUAACACGAUUCAAUAGUGAUUAUGUGUUAUAGUGUGAGGCAUAAAGUGUUCUGCUCUAUGCAGCAGACAAUACAGUCCUGAUUUAUUUUCCCCAUCACUAAAUGUUUGACAAAAAGCCGUUUACUCCUUUUGCAUAACAAAUAGUAAAUGUUUACAAAUUCUAUAUCAAAUUCCAUAUCAAAUAUUAACAAUUAAUGAGUGUGAGAGUGUUACAAUUUAAAAACUGAAAUGUAAGAAUUAAUCCCAGUCAUUUUCAGACAAACCCUGAAUAUCAAUAGUGAAAAAAAGAAAGUAAAAUAGCUUGAAGGUGGUAUAAAGUGGGUAAUCUAAAUAAUAUCCCCAGUUCACUUGGUGCAGUUUUAUUCUUUUAAAUUGGAAAAUGUAUACUUAAAAUAACUCCAGAGGGUCUGACAUGUUUACAUUUAGAAAUGAUUCACAAAUUAUGUUAAAAUACAGUAUAUCAAAUAAGGCAGUGACCGGCCCAUGAUGAACUAUCUAUAUAUAGUUGCUUUCUCCGCCAUAAUGACAGCCAACAACAGCCCACCAGAUGAAGCAGAAAGGAAUCUUAAAGUUAUACAAACCCAAUGAGAGAAAGUAGCUUAUCUCAAUGUGAGAGAAGCAGAACCGAGACUCUGACAUUUUAAGUAGGCAUUUAUUAUAUUUAUGGGACAUCUUUAUUGAUCGUGGAACUCAACAUAACACCUGCAGACGUUCUUUAUAUAAGGCUAAUGGACCUUUAGGAACGUUUUGGAGAGUGUGUCUGUCUGUGAGCAUGGAAAUAACUAAAAGAAAUGCAGGCAGCAGCUCAUGUAGGUCAGAUUUUAGUAUUACAAUGUCACACUAAACCAAAUGAAAUUUAGAAGGUGAAUAUGUACUGUUAGGUUUGAGAAGAUGUGUGUGUGCGUCAGUGUAUGUUUGUGUGUGUGUGUGUGUGUGUGUUAAGAGUUCUUUCUACUGUUCUGCAUGUGUCAGAGAGGGUCAGUAGACCGUGAAGAUGUUGCACCAUCCUUCCAGACAGCACAUUGAUCACGUCUUUCUGAAAAGACUAGACAGCAUGGCCAUACUUGAUAGAAAAAUAAAAACUCAGGCUUUGGCCCCUGCUGGUACUUUUGUGGGACAUUAUGAGGCCUAUAUGUGCUCUUGUACUAACACAUACAAAAUAUGUUUUCUACUGCUUUCUACUAUGCUUUCUACUAUGUUCACUGAAAUUCACUUUCACACUAAGGUCAAAACAUGUCCUCAUCUACAGCAUGUUUGCCAUGUGUUUGCAUGGUGUCAGCAAGGGAUCAUGUUUCGUAACGCCAAAUAUUAUCAUAACAAUAUUAUUCCAACAUAAAAAGACUAGAAUUGUGAUGUAAAAUAGGUACUUCAACAUUCAUUUUCCCACGACAGGCUGCUUUGGCGGAAAGGAUCACCUUUUGCCAUCGGCUGUGCUGGCACCCGACCAAAUCCCAUUUAUCUCUUAUAUCAAAACAGCACUUCAAACUAUCUUAAGUGGUUGACACAAUAGGUGGAGGGAGGAGUACUGCACAUAACACGCAUAUUGACUGUGCAACUGAAAAUUACCGGGGCUACGUUCAGUCUAAUUAUUUUCAUUGACGUUACAACAGAAUAAGCAACAGCAAAGGUCAUGCUAUGGCAUUGUGGCUCCGCGGUAUGCUCCUUUCUAAGCGCUCUGAUUAGUCACAUUGUGCUGAUGAAGAGUUGCUUCAGUCUUUGCUGUCUACCGUGAUACGUUUUCUUUCCUCUUUCCACACCCAUGUCACAAUACAUUUCCAUUAAAAAAGUAGGGCACUGAAAGAGCAACACAACCAAGAUCUUGAUCACUCUUCACAUCAUCCAUGAUCUCCACUUAAAUGACAAUUCUGAUUGAUUUCAAAUCAGAUUUAUAUUCACCUUUUGACCUUUAUUCUUUUAAGUUAUGCUAAAAUUAUAAUCACCACGUUUAUUGCUGAAAUCUGGGAGAUUGAUCACAGAGGUUUGAAAUCAAGCCAAAACUAUUCUUUGAAGUUCAAUCUAAGUGUGAGCACAGUCAACGCUUUUUUUCAUUUGUGUGCAGUUGAUCAAAGUUGAACCAGUUUGCAUGUUGGUUGUCUCUGGUUCCUUUUGAGGUUUCUACGUUGGGAUUUGUUUCCUGUUUACAUGUCAAGAAAACUCUGGAAAUGUCACACACAUUCAUUGUGAAUUAAGUGUGUUUCUGUCAACUGUUUUGGAGUAAAUAAAUAAAUUUACACAAAGCGUA